AUCUGCAGCUCCAUGACCCACGUGACUUCCGCAUUUCACUCCUUGUACCGUUACGGCUAACAGUGGAUACAGGUUACAGAAAUGGUUUGUUUAAUGAUCAUGUUGUUCUGCUCGGCUCUUCGUAUCAGUUCUGUCUCUGCUGAAAACAUCACAGGUUUUUCUGGACACAACGUCACUCUGAAUUGUACAACUACUGAGAACAAACCUGUCGCUGUGGAGUGGCGCAGAACUGAUCUGGGGGACAAAUUUGUUCUUCUGUACAAAGACGAUCAGAUUGAUUCAUCCAUCCAGCAUCCAGGUUACAAGAACCGAGUGGAUCUGGUAGACAGACGGAUGAAGUAUGGAGACGUGUCUCUGGUUCUGAUGAACGCAACGACUAACGAUAAUGGAACAUAUGAAUGUCGAGUUCGAAAUCAAGGAAGUCGGCAUCCUAAACUGAUCAGAACCUUCAACCUGGAUGUUUCUUCUCAUCCUCCUCCAGGAGACAAGAACUCAGGAAACCAGGACGGAUCCGUGGGACUGAUAGUUGGUCUGAUUGUGUCUCUGCUGGUGUUUUUGUUCUAAUCUAUAGAAAACAAUUUGCUUGCUUAAUGCAGAAAACCUCAGAUCCUCCAGUUAAUCUAUAGAUGAAUGAAUGCCUUAAUCCUGUAAAGAUAAUUUGCAUCAGAUUAUUGCUGCUGCUGGUGAUUUUCUGAUCGAUCAGCAUGACAACGAUCACAACUGAUCAACCUUCUGAUCUCAUCAACAUUAUAAAACUAUUUUACCUGUACCAUCAACCAUGGACUGAAAUGCUUUAUAAGUCAGAUUUUCUCAUUUCUAACCUGAUCCAGACCUGAACUGAUCCUGGAUCCUGGAUAGAAUCAGAUUAUAUCUGUAAAAAUCUUUCUUCAAAUUAGUCCAGAUUGAUUUUUAAUGGAGAUUUAAAUUAUUUUUGCUUUGCUGUUUAUCGUUUACAUAUUUCACAUCAGUGGAUUGUUCUUCAUUGUUCUUCACAUUUAAUCAGUGAAUCUAAUGAACAUAAAAUGUUUCCUGGUAAUUUUAGUAAUAAUCUGAGUAAAAUCCUCCUUAAAGAGCCUUGAAAGGCUGUAAAGACAUGAAGCAUCAUCAGGAUCCAUGUCGGCACCAAGAGUGAAGAGAAAAAUGUUUGAAAUGUGGAAAGAAAACAUGAAGAACAACCUGAUCAUCAUAUGAAGAAUUUUAUUUCAUUGAGAUUUUUUCUGCUUUCUGUUCAUAUUUAUUCUGACCUCACUGUGUUUUCAUUUGAUUUACAUGUUUGUGUCUUUUUAUUGAAAUGUUUUAUGUUCUCCAGUAUUAUGGUGGAUUAAAGUCGGAUAAAUUUCACUGA